AUGUUUCCACAGCUCUUCAUAUACCCAGUCAAGUCCCUCCUCCCAAUCGAGGUCACCGAAGCAGAAAUCACAUCGACGGGGCUGAAAUACGAUCGGUCGUUCAUUCUCAUCAAGGAUACGGAUGUCGUGGACAUUGAGGGCAGCAGUUCACUGGUACAGGAACAUUUGACCAUCAAAACACUGUCAAAGUUGUGCUUGUUCCAGCCGUCAAUCCGGUCCCAUGGAGAAUCAUCUUCACCUCAAGUGCUGAGCAUCAAACACACACUCAGUGGCGAGGAGAUCGACUUCCCACUCGUACCUGCACCAAGUUCUUUGGGUAAGGCCAAGGCAUAUACCGUCGAGCUCUUCGGCACGCGAGCUGUGGGAGAAGAUAUGGGCGAUGAGAUCGCGGCGUGGUUUACAAAGCACCUAGGAGAUAGAGCAAGGCUGCUGUAUAUGGCUGGCGGUCGCGCAGGGUCACGAGACUGUCCUGCUCCAGCACUCAUUCCACGCAAACCAAGACCGCGGACCGGAUUGUUGUCCUGGGUCAAAGCUCUGGACGAAGAGCUUCAUGCCCAGAAGAUCCAGUUUGCUGAUGCUGCGCCUUUGUUGAUCACGACAGUGAGCUCCGAAACGGAUGCGAAGGGGCGGCUACCCAAGAAUGCAGCAGGAGAUGAGGGUGAAGAAGACGAUGUCAUUCUGCGUUUCCGUUCGAAUGUACACAUUGACAACGUCGCCGCUGGCGGAGAGCACAAUCCCAUGAGCGACGAUGAGGAUGGCAAAAACGCAUCAGCGCCCUACGCGGAAGACAACUGGAAGACUCUGAAUAUUAUCGCUGCAAGCCCCAGUGAUGACACUGCUGCCUCAAACACCCCAGUUCACCUUGACCUGGUCUUCAACACGGUCCGCUGCAUGUCCUUGAAUGUGGACUUCCGCACCGGUGGCACCGUGCCGCCCGAGCGUCAGCUCUAUAAACUCCUGACCAAGGACAGGAGAGUCAAUCCGACGUUUCCCUAUAAGCCGUGUUUUGGACGAUAUGCUUUUGCGGAGCCUUUUGGGACAGUAAUAAGGGUCGGAGAUCGGGUGGAGGUCGAGGAAUGGUGUUGA